GGUCUGGGCAGGGUUAGUGUGUGACGUUGUGUGUUCUGGGAGUAUGUUGAGCUCCCAGCAGCUCUCAGUCAUUCACUCAGCUCUCAGUCACACUCGGAGGAGGUUUUGCUCAGCGAUAACCACACAAAGAAGGAACAGAGACAGCAGCAAGACAUCUGAGGUUAAAAAAAGAAGGAAAACAAAAGAGAAGAUGGCAAUUGGAAAGGACUCCAGGAAGAGCUCAGUCCGAAGCUCCAUAAGGGCCCCCAAGUUUCUGGACAAAUCCAGCGGCUUCUACGGUCGCCUCGAUGAGCUUGACAUGCCCACAGAGGGAAGAGGAGUGGAGGAGAACAUGGUAGAUGAUAGCAGCAGAGUCGAAGUAACUGUGGUGCAGAAUUCUGGGCCUGAUGAGAGAGGAGAAGCCGAGGAUUUCACCGAAGGCAUGAUGGAAGACGACGGCGAGACUCUCCUGGAAAGGAAGCCCAGCCGUCGCAGCAGCAGGUGGAGGAGAAGCUCCAGGAGGAAGCAGAAGGAGGGGAAGGCCGAGGAGGAACAGGCCAGAGACGAGAGGCCGAGCCUGGGCACGGAGAGUCUGGAGGUAGUGGUGGAAGCCAGGGUGCAGAUGGAGAUAGAGCUAGAGAAGCUGAAGAAGAUGGAGGAGGAGAACGGGAAGGAGCCCACGCUUGUUCACUUCCCCGUCCGGGAGGAAGCCGACGAUCAAGUCCUGAUCCGAGACAAGAAGAGGGGAAGAGAAGAGGAGGGAGAGGAGGAGAGGAAGAUGAGGAGGGAGCAGGAGGAAGGGAUGAAGGUGGUGAAGAGGAAGAAUUACCGCAAGGCCUUGGACCGAGCGCUUCGUCGCGGCUGGGAGGCCUUCAUCACCAACCUCUACAGCGUCACGCUCACACCCGUGAUGUCCUCCCCGUCCCCGACGUCCCCUUCGUCAAAAAACAAGCUUCAGCAUAACUCUGUGCUGGCUGAGUUUCAGUAGGAAGACACGGACAAUGAAAGCAAGCCCUUUUUUUUAGCAUUCAGUACAAUUAAACCAGGGUCAUGCUGAGUUUUUUUCCUGCCACUGAACAGCGAUGGACGAUCCUGUCUGUGUGAUGUUUGCCUUCAGUGUCUGAGUCCUGUGAGUUAGUUACUGAGUCUUAGUUACUCAUUACUACUGCCUUAUCACAUGAGUUUGCACAAACACUGCAGGUUUCCACUUUUAUUUAAUAAGAUGAGCUGCUGAUGUUACAGUGAAGUCUACAGACUGGAAGAAUCUGGUCUUUAUGUGACUGAGUUAAGCAGCUUCUGAUUUCAGAUUUUAGUCAGAGGUGUAAAUUAGCUUUACAAAUUAGCUCAUGUCCACUGUUAAGAGCUUGCAGUGCAAUUAGCCUCCGCUUCCUUUGGGUUUACGUUAUGAAACGAGUGUUGAUCUGUAACCUGAAUGAGUGGAAGAUAGCCAUGACUGAUGAGUGGACUUUUGUUCUGGAGAUAUUCACAUAUCUGUGUGAUAAUCGCUGCUAUUUAUGGUGUAAUCAGUCAAGGUUAAUGACAGUCAGUGUUUAGAUAUUAUGAUCCACGUUGUCAUGCACAUUUGUAUUCUAAUAUUUAAGGAGAGAUUUCAGCAUAAAACACAGAUUUUAAUUUUUACUUUUUGCCUAUUGCGUAAGACUUACAAGUCACCCAGUACGGCUUGUUAGCGUCGUCCUCAUGAGAUCCCUGUGUUUGUUCUGGUGAAGGUUAUUAAACCUGAAGGACUGAGCAGGAGAGUGUAUGUAUAAGUGUGUAUUUGUACGAAAAAAGCUGAACGUGUUGUGGUUUCUAGCUAUAAGUUAAUAUUUAAUCCACCAGCAGGACCUAAUGUACAUUUUUCUGUAUUUUUCUGUAUGUAUUCUGAUUUUAUAAAGAAGACCACAGCUGAAAUUUCAAACCCUAUUUAAGAACUAUUCAUGAUUUACCUUUGUAGAAGUGAAAAUGAUAACAUUUGGAAUAAACUUGACGGAAUUUUUAAUGUAA